AUUCAAGGACAGGCAUAGAGACAGAGAGCAUUAUUGACACCCCUCAACUACUUCUCUGUCCUCCUCUCCUUUCUAACCACAUAUUUGAAGACCAAAAGAGAUUCUGCUACCUAGCUUAGCUUCCCCACUGAGUCACUGAUUCUCACCUUCUGCUGCUGCUAAUUGGUGAAAUUAUAUACAUUUUUAGUAUUCACCAUGUUGAAGCAAUCACCCAGUAGAAACCAGAGGGUAAAAGGCUUCAAGGUAAAGCAUGCUGUUCAGAUAUCUUUGUUGCUUGCUAUAUGCAUCUGGCUGGUUUACCAACUCGAUCACUCCCAUGGUAAAAAAGAACUUGAAGUGAGCUCUGCAGAGAAGAUAUCUGGAGAAAUGCAAAUUGAGCAUGGAGUACUAGAACUUGGGAGGCGGGGCCUCCAUCCUCGCAUGGAAGAAACUCCUGUGGAUGUUGGAAGGAAUAUGGAAAAGGAGGAAGAAUAUGAAGAAGAGGUAGAUGAGACUAAAGCUGAAGAAAGUGAGGGGGGAGGAAGAGGAGGUAGAGAUGAAGUUGACGGGAAUGAUCAAGAGAAAUCUGAGGAAUCUGAGGGGGUAGAGGAUUUGAUUGAUGUAGAUGAUACGGUGAGAGGAGAAGAAGAAGAAAAUGAAGAACAAGAGAGUGAAGAGAAAGGAAAUGACUUGGAGGAUCAAGUACAAAUUAAAGAUAAAAGGUACAGCCAAGAGGCAAGAGAGGAGCAAUACAAGGGUGAUGAUGCAUCCAGUGCUGUGAAGCAGAACAUUGGCACUACAAACAACCAAAUCGAAGUUGGAAGCUUGAGAAGAGUGAAGGAAGAAGAGGUAGACAGUGCAGAAACUUUUGAUUUACAGAUAGAUAAUAAAGCCACUGGUGAAGAAAGAGGUGAUCAGUUUGGUUCAGCCAAGAUAGAUGGUCAAACAUAUGCUGGUUCAUCAACCAAUACAAGUGAAAAAACAAAAAUGGAGCAAUGGUUCUCUUUAUGGUACAGAAAUGCAGCUACUCAAGUUAUAUUAUAAUUCGUUCUAACUUCUAGCCAAAGGCAGCCAUACUUGAGAAUUUUAAGAAGCAGUUAUAUUAGGCCAGUUUUAUGCAAUAUUGAGGUUCCGCCACUGAUGAUAUAGUUGCAGCCAACCUAGGAAUAAUAUCUACUGAAAAUAUUGUAUCAUAAGCAAUUGCAAAGCACUAGUAGUGCAUGGCAACGACAAUGUAGUUUCUGAUCGGAAAUCUACUGCAGUAGGGUGGAGAGUGCACAAGUUCAGAUUCUUCAUUCUAGAAGGAGAGAGAUAUAAUCAACCAAUCUUGGGAGACUUUUCUCAAGAAUGACAUCCCAAAAUAAACAGGGGUGAAUAUGCAGCUGAGUGAUUGCACUGACUACGGAUGAACAUGCUGAGUUUCACCUUUGAUAUUCCCUUAUAUAACCAUAAAUGAGGGUAAGGUAGAUGAGCAAUCAUAAACAAGUUUUUCCACUAAGCGUAAGUGAUAUUGUAUUUUCUUGGUCUGAAGCUCUCAUGAUAGAAAGGGCAAUGCAUAUGCAAGUACAAUAAGCAAACUAAAUGUUCAAUAUG